AUGCAGCUGGUCUAUAAAAAGGGAUGUCAAUGCAAUAGAGCGAAACAUGCAGAGAGUGAAAUUAAAAAAGAAGAAGAGAUGGUAAAGCUUUAUAGCCGUGAAUCUGGCUGUCUUGACGGUCGUGCAUGGAGGUCUGUUAAUCUUGAACAUCCAGCUACAUUUGAGAAGCUGGCAAUGGAACCAGAGCUGAAGAAGAUGGUCAAGGAUGAUUUGGACAGGUUUGUUAGAAGGAAGGAGUUGUAUAAGAAAGUUGGCAAGGCAUGGAAGCGAGGGUAUUUGAUUUAUGGCCCUCCGGGUACCGGCAAAUCAAGCUUGAUUGCUGCCAUGGCUAAUUAUCUCAAGUUUAAUAUCUAUGAUUUGAACCUUUCCAGUAGGUUGUCUGAUUUGCAGUUGAGAAAAAUUUUACUUUCUACAUCUAAUCGUUCAAUACUGGUAAUUGAAUUUGAGGAUAUAGAUCGCGCUGCAGACUUGAAUGAUCGAGAGCGACGUGAUGAGUUGUUCACACUAUCGGGUUUAUUGAACAUCAUAGAUGGAUUAUGGUCGAGCUGUGGAGAUGAGCGCAUUAUUGUGUUCACCACCUAUCAUAAGGAUCGGCUUGAUCCUGCUUUGUUGUGCCCAGGGCGCAAGGACUUGCACGUGCACAUGUCAUACUGCACCAUGGAUGGGUUCAAGCUGUUGACUUCUAAUUAUCUGGAUAUCAAUGGUGACCACCAACUCUAUAGACAGAUUGAAGGAUUGUUGGCGAAUGUAGAGGUUACCCCAGCUGAAAUUGCAGAGGAACUUUUGAAGAGUAGUGGUAAUAGUGAUGAUGUUGUUCUCGCAGGACUUGUCAAAUUUUUCAAGCAAAAGAAACUUGAGAAAGCAAAGGCCGCAAAGGUAAAGGAACUUUUGAAGAGUGGUGAAACAGAUGUUGAUGUUGAAGGAUUUGUGAAAUUUCUCAAGCAGAAAAAACUUGAGAAUGCAAAGGCUGCAGGGGCAUGGCAACUUUUCAGUGAUGAUAUUGAUGUUGAUGUUGAUGAAGGAUCUGUCAAACUUUUAAAGCGAAAAUAUUUUGACUAUUCACAACUUAAUUAG